AUGUCUAAACGGGAUAGGUCGUGUCCCACGGUGGAUUCAUGGGAUUCCAAAAGCUUGCCGAUAUCCCAUCACAGGGAAAAACUUAUCCAGGCUGUCAAAGCCAAUCCGUUCUUGAUUGUAACGGGAGAAACGGGCAGUGGGAAAACCACCCAGCUUCCGCAGUACAUUCAUAAAGCAGGUUUUUGGAAGGACGGCAUGAUCGGUGUGACUCAGCCGCGGAGAGUUGCUGCUAUUACAGUUGCCCACAGGGUGUCCCAGGAGAUGGCCUGUUCUCUGGGCAGGGAGGUGGGCUAUCAGGUGCGCUUCGACGACUGCUCCUCGCAGGACACCUCCAUUAAGUACAUGACAGAUGGCUGCCUGCUGAGGGAGAUUCUGGCAGACCCCAGUCUUACGAAGUACAGUGUGGUGAUCCUGGAUGAGGCUCAUGAGAGGAGUUUGAACACGGACAUCUUACUGGGCCUGCUAAAGAGGAGGGUGCUCCAACCCCGAGGGGGUUCCUCAGGCCGCUCCGCCCCUCUGAAGGUGGUGGUGAUGUCAGCUACCCUCGAGACAGACAAGCUCUCCGCCUUCCUUGGAGACUGUCCUGUCUUCACCAUUCCUGGGCGUACGUUUCCUGUUGUUGAGAGAUUCUGCGGUCUGAUUGGCCCCAAAGACACAGACAGCACAGUCUAUGUGAAGGAGGCUGUGAAGGUGACACUGGAUCUGCACACCAGUGAGGCAGCGGGGGACAUCCUUGUGUUUCUCACGGGGCAAUCAGAGAUUGAGAAAGCCUGUGACAUGCUGUAUGAGAAGGCCGAGGCCAUAGACUACCGAUACGAUGUGCAGGAUCGCUCCGUGGACGGCCUGCUGAUCCUGCCUCUCUAUGGAUCUAUGCCAACAGAGCAGCAAAGGCAGAUCUUUCAGCCACCUCCAAAGGGCGUGAGGAAGUGCGUUGUUGCAACCAACAUUGCAGCAACAUCCCUGACGAUUGAGGGAAUCAGGUAUAUUGUUGAUAGUGGGUUUGUAAAGCAGCUGAACCACAACUCUCGAGUGGGACUGGAUACUCUGGAAGUGGUGCCCAUUUCAAAGAGCGAGGCACAGCAAAGGGCUGGCAGGGCCGGGAGGACCUCAGCUGGGAAAUGCUUCAGGAUCUACAGCAAAGAAUUCUGGGAGAAGUGCAUGCCAGAGUACACGGUCCCAGAGAUCCAGAGGACCAGUCUCACUGCGGUCAUCCUCACCCUGAAGUGCCUUGGGGUCCACGAUGUCAUCAGGUUCCCUUAUCUUGACCGGCCAGAGGAAAGGUUUAUCCUGGCUGCCUUGAAACAGCUGUACCAGUGUGAUGCCAUAGACAGGAGAGGUCAUGUGACCAAGCUGGGUCAGCUGAUGGUGGAGUUCCCCCUGCCCCCCGGGCUGACUCGGGCCCUGCUGAAGGCUGCUUCUGUGGGCUGUGAGGACCUGCUGCUCCCUGUGGCUGCCAUGCUGUCUGUGGAGAACUUCUUCAUUCGACCAGGAAAACAGGAGAAGCAGCAGGACGCUGAAAGGAAGCACAGGCAGCUUAUUGCGGAGGCGGGCAGCUGCAACGACUUCACUGUGCUGCUGAGCAUCUUUGAGAAGUGCAGAGCCAGUGACACUCCGUCUGCGUGGUGCAGAGAUCACUGGAUCCACUGGAGGGCGCUAAAGUCAGCCUUCAGUGUGGAAACACAGCUGCGAGAGAUUCUUCUCCGGCUUAAACAGCAGAGAGAUUUUCCUGUGGAGACGUGCGAUGGCAGUCGAAGUGAGCUGUUUCGGAGAUGUCUUUGUGCAGGGUACUUUGCCAACGUGGCCAGGAGGUCAGUUGGAAGAACCUUCUGUACAAUGGAUGGACAUGGAUCUGUGGUUCACAUACACCCAUCAUCAGCACUCUUUGACCAGGAGGCCCAGCUGGACUGGAUCAUCUUCCAUGAUGUGCUGGUCACCUCACACGUGUACGUGCGGACGGUGUGUCCCAUCCGCUAUGAGUGGGUGAAGGACCUGCUGCCCAAGCUGCAUGAGGUGGAUGUGCAUGAGCUGAGCAGCGUGGCCAGGGAAGAGGUGACCGAUGAGGAGGUGGCCAAGUGGGAGGCAAAAGACGCAGCCAAAAGACAAGCAGAGGGCUCGGUGGAGGAUGCACUGAAGAAACUGGGGAAGAGGAAUAAUGAAAGCUCGGUGUCAGAGGCACGUGCUCGGUACUUGCAGCGAAAACAGGAGAGGCAGCAAGGAAAAGUGCCUUGAGGGAGAGAGCUCUGGGGUUACAACUCUCCAGGAAAACCAAAUGGGGCCCUGGAAUGUCAUGACCUACAUUCCUGUCCCAGCCGACACAGCGGUGCACCAAAAGGAGGAAAUUGCAUGCCUCGCUGGGGAAUGCAGAAGCACUUCCUCUCGGGAAGGAAAUCUCCUCUCACAAUCAACUGCACAGGACGUGCCCCAGUGGGCCUAUAUGUUUCAGGGCAGAUUUGCUGUCACGUGACGGCAGAAUGUUGAACAGUAGAUUCACUGAGUGCAGGAGGUUCCAUUGCAUUCAGAACAUGCAUUGCUGACUUGUGAGUUUGUGGAUGUAUUGCAACCGAACCAUAACUAUAUUUGUCAUUUCCCUUGCUGAUGAUGGAUGCC